CGACGCUCAACAUCUGACGUCUGUGAUGUUGACUUGGAAGUCAAAUCACCAGCCAACCCCUCACUUUGCUCCCGUGGUUCUGGCAACAAGAAACGCCAUCGACUUUGUAUAACAGCGAAUUCUCCAAAUCGCAUCUGCGUUGCGCAUCGUUCGACGUCAUUUAGAUUGCCAGGGGUUCCCGAUAUUGUCUCCCUUGUCUGCGGGUCCGUCUCCUAAGUUAGAACCGCAGCUCAGCUCGCCUUUUCUUCCGCAGCAAUCAGUUCGAACCGAACAGUACACAUUCAUUGGCACUGUCUCACGAAUCCGUUACCCAUCGUACAAGGUGUUGAAUGUUGCACUGGUUCUGUAGAUCGCCAUUACAGCAUGUUGUGUUGCGAGGAUCACGACGCCCAGUUGCUACCUCUGCGCGUUUCGUUCACCUCCUAAACCAGUACCACGAAACAAUUUACCGACACAAUGCCAAACGAAAGGAGGAACGGUGCCCUCUCUUCGAUGAAGCCGGCACCACGGCCGUCUGACACGCCAAAUCUCGAAUCAAGAUCUAUGCACACCAACCCGGGAGGCAUCGACACUCUACUGCCACCAGCACCGAUCGUCCAGACACCAUCCUCGAGGUCGAACUUGGAUGCGUCCACAACAGAAACAAGAGACUAUUGGAAUGGAGGGAAUCCUCAUAACAAGGUGCAAUUGCCGCCCGGCGACCUCCCCCGGUUCGACAGCCUCCUAGCGCCACCCCCGAUGCCAGCGAACGAGCGGAGAGAAAGCGACACAUCGACCCGAGCCACCAGCGAGAAUCUUGCCGGGGAGACAGCGUCGAGGCGCAGUGUGCAGUUUGCGAGACCGGAGAUUCCGGAAGUCACACAACACUCUCAGCGUAACUCCUUUGAGGAAUUCGACAGCCCUGGGAAAGGCAGAGGUGGCUCCUUUAUGUCCAAGAUCAAGGCAAUGACGGGCGGAUCGACUAGCAUGCAGACGCCGAAAUCGCCUACUGCCAUUCCACAUGAUUUUGGCGGUCACUCUCUCGCCAAUUCACCGGUAGCGACUAGGACCCAAAGAGGCCCAGACUCGCUUGCCGAAGGGACAUACGACGCAGAUGCUGAUGCCGAGCUGACAGCGGAUGAGCUCAACAUACCCGACGCGGGUCCAUCCAAGAGGAAGAAAAAGCGACGUAUGCGACGAAGAAAGGAGGACAAAAAUGAGCCCUCGACACCCAACCAGCCUAAUCACGAUGCCGACAUCUUCCAAGCGUCCAAACGUCUCUUGAGACGGAGAGCGAGCAUGCCUGAUACCGCAGCAGUGGCUAAUCGUGGCAUGUCUGAUGAUGAAAUGGCGCGGCAUCGCGCCCGUCCCUCCAUGUGGCGCUCCCAACGCUCGGCGUGGACAGAUCAGGCGACCCGUCCCGCAAGUGACGACAACGAAGAGCUCGACUCAUCCCUUGCCGUGAUGCGCCGAAGAGGCCAUUCGCGAAGGGCGACUGCGUUAGGCGGUGGUGGCGUUUCAGACGGGGACGCCGUUGCCGGGAGGCGACCUCUCUUUGGUUCAGAAAGGGCUUCCACCUUUGGUGCACACAAGUGGAAGCAAGUGAAGAACACGCUGAAAUUGCUUCGUCAGAAGAAGGAGGAUCGGUUUGACUACUACAAGUCUGCCGAGCUCAUGGCCGAGCUUCGUGCUGGCGCCCCCGCAGCUCUCAUGCUUGCCAGUAUGAUCCAACGUGACGAGCACGGCAACAAACGUAUUCCCGUGCUGCUUGAGCAGUUGAAACUUCGUGUUGUCGACAGCUACCCCGACGAGACCGAAGAUAGGAGCGACAGGCAUUGGCACUUCAAAUUCGAGUUGGAGUACGGCAGCGGCCCCAGUCGCAUGAACUGGACCAUCACCAGGUCGCUGACAGACCUCUACAACCUCCAUUUCCGCUACAAAUGGAAGUUGAGGAAUGAAAAGUAUAAACCAGGUCGCAUUGAGACAGGAGCCCGUCUCAAGCAGCCCAAAUUCCCGUGGGCUGCUUUCCCGUACAUGCGUUCGGCCCGGGGAAAGAAGGACAUGGAUGAGAGCAGUUUGGAUGAAGGUCAGCCUGGUGAAGCAACCGACACGGCUCCAGGCCAUCCUGUCGCUGCCACUCCUAUUCCUGAAGAAGGGUCCCAACUGGGGGUCAGUGACGCCGAAGUACCAAUGCCAGCUAAUGCUCGAAGACCAUCAAGGCUAAAUAUGCUGGGCAUGCGGAGGCGAUCGACAGGCAUCACGGACCCAGGAGAGAUGUCGAACGCCGAGGGCCGAGAGGGUUUGCCGCCAGCUGUUGUUCGCCAGCGCUAUGUCGAGAAGCAGAGGCGGAUUUUGGAGGAGUAUUUGUCUAAUUUGAUCCGCUGGCUCAUGUUCCGUGCGGACAGCAACCGUCUCUGCCGCUUCCUGGAACUCUCCGCCUUGGGCGUCCGCCUGGCCGCCGAAGGCAGUUAUCACGGCAAGGAGGGUUACCUACACAUUCAGUCCUCGAAAGGACUUGAUUUCCGCCGCGUGCUUACACCAGCCAAGAUGAUCAACCGACACAGCAGCAAAUGGUUCUUGGUCCGGCAGAGCUACAUUGUUUGCGUCGAGUCACCCGAAAACAUGAACAUCUACGACGUGUAUCUUGUCGACAACAAGUUUGGUAUCAUGUCGAAGCGGAAUGCGCUCAAGUCUAUAGGUGGGACGAAGCCCAAGGUGAUGGACUUGACCAGGGAGGCACCACCAGACACACAUCAUACGUUGACUCUGAAGACUUCGGAACGCCAGGUGCGCCUGUGGGCAAGCAACCCAGGUAUGAUGCGAGAUUUCGAGCUGUCCAUCAACGAGAUGCUACGUCAGACCAUCUGGUACCAAAACAAGCGUUUUAACAGCUUCGCGCCGGUACGGCAGAAUGUUCAUGCACAAUGGCUGGUUGAUGGCCGCGAUUACAUGUGGAAUGUGUCGAGGGCCAUCAACAUGGCUCGCGAUGUCAUCUACAUCCACGACUGGUGGCUUAGCCCAGAACUGUACAUGCGUCGGCCAGCGUGCAUCAGUCAAAAAUGGCGACUAGAUCGGCUGCUUCAAAAGAAGGCCCGCGAAGGCGUCAAAAUCUUCAUCAUCAUCUACCGAAACGUCGAGGCCGCAAUCCCCAUUGACUCCGAGUACACAAAGUUCUCGUUGCUCAACCUGCAUCCGAACAUCUUCGUGCAGAGAUCGCCAAAUCAAUUCAAGAAGAACCAGUUCUUCUUCGCUCAUCACGAGAAGAUCUGCAUCGUCGACCACGACGUUGCUUUCGUGGGUGGCAUUGACCUGUGUUUCGGUCGUUGGGACAGCCCUCAGCAUCCCAUUACAGACGAUAAGCCCACAGGAUUCGAGGCAACCGAUCAGCCAAGAGACGCGGACAAUUGCCAGCUGUACCCCGGCAAGGACUACUCGAAUCCUCGUGUGCAGGACUUUUACAGGCUCAACGAGCCUUAUGAGGAAAUGUACGAUCGCCACGUUGUUCCAAGAAUGCCUUGGCACGAUAUCUCAAUGCAGGUAGUCGGCCAGCCUGCGCGUGACCUGACGCGCCACUUUGUCCAGCGAUGGGAUUAUCUGAGACGUGGACGCAAACCUACCAGGCCGCUUCCUUUCCUGUUGCCCCCGCCUGAAGCCAAGAUGGAGGAGCUCGAGGAGCUGGGCCUCACUGGCACGUGCGAAGUUCAGAUCCUGCGCUCAGCCACGACCUGGUCGCUCGGCAUUGAAGAGACGGAGCACAGUAUCCAGACGGCGUAUAUCAAGAUGAUCGAGGACUCCGAGCACUUCGUCUAUAUGGAGAACCAGUUCUUUAUUACCAGCACCGAGAUCUACAACACACGGAUCACGAACCGCAUCGGCGAUGCCUUGGUCGACCGAAUCAUCCGGGCGCACGAGAAUGACGAGGACUGGCGAUGCGUCAUCAUCAUCCCGUUGAUGCCUGGCUUCCAGAACACAGUCGACGAGCAGGAAGGCACUAGUGUGAGAUUGAUUCUCAUGUGCCAGUAUCGCAGUAUUUGCCGCGGUGAGCAUUCCAUAUUCGAGCGCCUCCGCGCCAAGGGCAUCGACCCCGAGGAAUACAUCAACUUCUACUCGCUCCGUCAGUGGGGGAUCAUGUCGAGUGGCAACAUGGUCACGGAGCAGCUGUAUAUCCACGCCAAGACUAUCAUUGUCGAUGAUCGUGUGGCCUUGAUUGGUUCAGCCAAUAUCAAUGAGCGGUCAAUGCUGGGUAGCCGUGAUUCAGAAUGUGCCGCUAUCGUCAGGGAUACCGACAUGAUGUGGUCGACCAUGGGUGGUCAGCCUUACCAAGUUGGACGGUUCGCUCACACCCUGCGCUUACGUUUGAUGAGGGAACACCUUGGACUGGACGUCGACGAGAUUCUUGCGCAGGAACGCCAGCACGAGAUGGACAAGGAGACCUUCGAGAACGAGAUGAACGAGAUUUAUGCUGAAGACACUGCCGAGCCCCAACCCAGGCAGCGUCCUCAUGCACCGCAGCGCCCGCCAAGCUUCAACCAUGAGCUUGACAUGGAGCAGGCCGAAGCAAUGCAUGAGUCGGAUUCGUCUUCUGAAAGGAACCGGGAGGUUGACCCACGUGUCGAAAACCUGACUCACCAAAUGGAUGUGCAGGGUCAUGGACCAGACCACUGGCGGGCGGCCGAGCAGACCGGUGCAGAUCAGGGACGGGAUACUGUGAUCAUUAACGGGCGGGAGGUGCUCGUUCACAACGUCGGCACCGAGGGCAAGGGCUCCCUACAGCAGCCCAACCAGGCGCACCAGACUCUGCCGAUGCCCGACAACAGGUAUCUUGAUCCAGCAGAGGCUGGUAGCGAGGCGCUGCCACCAAUGCCCCCAUUCAACCGGCGCACAACUGAACAGUUGGGUUUGCCCCGACCCGCACUACUACCUUCGCUGCCUGUUGUUGACGACACCGAUAUUGGCGGCCCGCCUGUACACACGGAUCCUGUGACUGGACGCCCGAUGAGCGGUGUUCUCCAUCCCAUGGCGGCUGACAUUAAGCCAGCGCACAUUGACAAGGACUGUAUGCGUGACCCCCUGGAUACCGACUUCAUGGAGGAAAUCUGGCACCGCGUGGCUGUGAACAACACUACGCUGUACCGCCGUGUCUUUCGCUGCAUGCCGGACUCUGAGGUCAGCAAUUGGGCCGAGUAUACAGAGUACAACAAUUAUGGCAAGAACUUCCGCGCCAUGAUGGAGGGACGCAGACCAAAGAGCAAGGGUGCCGAAGUCAACAGUGAAGGACACGCCGCGCAUCAGCCGUCGACAUCGGGGGCAGCAGGCGUCGCGGCACCUGGGCCCGAGGCGAUCAUUCAGGCUGCGGAGAACGAAAUCCACAAGAUCCCCGAGAAGAUCGGAGAGAAGAUCCCUGGCGUCAAUUCUGAGCAUCAGCAAUCUCACGGCCACAUGCCUCACAUCAUUACGCCCAGCGCCCCUGAAACAGCCGAACUGAAUGAGAAGCCGCCGGUUGAGGACGAGAAGGCCGGGCUGACUCUCGAUACAGGCGUUGCGAAUGAGAAGCAACGUGCACCCGAGGCAUCCUCACCAGUCUACUCGCAGGGAGAUGUUCCUUUCCCGGCCAUGGAGAACGGACAGACCAGGUUUCUGGAGCCACAGAUUAGCAACAAGGCGCGUGAGCGUCGGACGACCUUUUCCACUCUCGAGAAGCCCGCGUCGCGGGAGUCUGGUCCUAAUUCAAACAUCCUAGGCCGCGUCGGCUCUGUGAGGAACAGGCGACGAGCCAACACUAAGAAUAGCCGACGUGGCUUCACCUUGGACGACAUGCCCACACGCCAGGAAGCUGAAGUGUUGAUGAACAUGACGCAGGGCCACCUGGUGCAGUUUCCGUACAACUGGUUGGCGACGGAGGAGACCAACGGCAACUGGGGCUAUCAGGUCGAUGGUGUCGCUCCUUUGGCUAUCUAUGAUUAAGCUUGGUCUUAUCCUUUCUGGCAAGGCGUUUCAAAAAAGGCAUGGCACGGAGUUGCUUGAGGUAAUAUACGGCAUUGUUCGCACACAGCAUGCAUUUGCAGGGGCACACUCGACAUUUCCUUUCUACUUUUCAGUUCUUGUACAAGUAUAAU